GAAGACGCUCUACCGGGAAGUUGGCCCUGGCAGGUUAGUCUGCAGAGAUUUGGCGGCCAUGUUUGUGGUGGAUCCCUCAUCAACAGAGAGUGGGUGAUGUCUGCUGCUCACUGCUUCUCCAGUACAAGUACGUCUAGAUGGCAGGUUUCUCUCGGUCGUCAGAACCUGCAGGGCAAAAACCCAAACGAAGAGUCCAGAGCCGUUGCCAAAAUCAUUUUGCAUCCAAACUAUGACAGUUCCACCAGCAACAACGACAUUGCUCUGCUCAGACUCUCCUCACCAGUCAAAUUCACAGACUACAUCAGACCUGUGUGUCUGGCAGCCAGUGACAGUGUGUUCAACAACGGUACUGAUAGCUGGGUCACUGGCUGGGGCGCAGUCAAGGAGGGAGUGUCAUUACCGUUCCCUGAAACCCUUCAAGAAGUGGAGGUGCCAGUUCUGGGAAACAGACAUUGUAACUGUCUCAAUGGAGUCGGUACAGUCACAGACAACAUGAUCUGUGCUGGUGUUCUGGCAGGAGGCAAAGACUCAUGUCAGGGUGACUCAGGAGGUCCAAUGGUGAACCAGCAGGGCUCCGUCUGGGUCCAGUCUGGUAUCGUUAGUUUUGGUUUUGGCUGUGCUCGGCCCAAUCUGCCGGGAGUCUACUCCAGAGUGUCCAGUUACCAGUCCUGGAUCAACUCCCACAUCAGCUCUGAUAAGCCAGGCUUUGUCCAGUUCACCUCCAGUGGGCUGGAUGCUGACAGCAGCUACACCUGUCCUGGACUGCCACCUCCUGUUAUUACUACUACUACUGCUAUGUGUGGCGUCACGCCCCUGAACACCAGGAUAGUUGGAGGUGAAGACGCUCCAGCAGGAAGUUGGCCCUGGCAGGUUAGUCUGCAGAAAUUUGGCGGCCAUGUUUGUGGUGGAUCCCUCAUCAACAGAGAGUGGGUGAUGUCUGCUGCUCACUGCUUCUCCAGUACAAGUACAUCUAGAUGGCAGGUUUCUCUCGGUCGUCAGAACCUGCAGGGCAAAAACCCAAACGAAGAGUCCAGAGCCAUUGCCAAAAUCAUUUUGCAUCCAAACUAUGACAGUUCCACCAGCGACAACGACAUUGCUAUGCUCAGACUCUCCUCACCAGUCAAAUUCACAGACUACAUCAGACCUGUGUGUCUGGCAGCCAGUGACAGUGUGUUCAACAACGGUACUGAUAGCUGGGUCACUGGCUGGGGCGCAGUCGAGGAGGGAGUGUCAUUACCGUUCCCUGAAACCCUUCAAGAAGUGGAGGUGCCAGUUCUGGGAAACAGACAUUGUAACUGUCUCAAUGGAGUCGGUACAGUCACAGACAACAUGAUCUGUGCUGGUGUUCUGGCAGGAGGCAAAGACUCAUGUCAGGGUGACUCAGGAGGUCCAAUGGUGAACCAGCAGGGCUCCGUCUGGGUCCAGUCUGGAAUUGUUAGUUUUGGUUUUGGCUGUGCUCGACCCAAUCUGCCGGGAGUCUACUCCAGAGUGUCCAGUUACCAGUCCUGGAUCAAUUCCCACAUCAGUUCUGAUAAGCCAGGCUUUGUCCAGUUCACCUCCAGUGGGCUGGAUGCUGACAGCAGCUAUACCUGUCCUGGUCUGCCACCUCCUGUUAUUACUACUACUACUACUACUGAAAAGUGA